AUGUCACUUUUCGCUCGGGAUGGAGGAUUUCUUUUUUUGUCUGACUUCGAAUGCUCGCCAAAGAUUUUUGUCACCUGGCUUCUCGUGGUGACUGUUUGCUCAUUUAUUUAUGCAUUGAUUCUGUUCUUAACAUUGAAUCAAAAAGAUAUCCGUCGUGAAGAAGUUCCAUCAAGCUUGCCGUCGAUAAAUUCACCCAAUGGAUACUCUGUUCAUUUGGAUUUUAAAACAGAGAACACAUUGAGCUCAACGGGUUUUAUUGGUACAGUCAACAUCUCUUUCACUCCACAAGAAGAAACCCAAAGACUUUAUUUGCAUCGAGGAGCCAAUUUGGAUCUCCUCUCUUAUCAACUCUUCUCCAAUGGAAAACAGAUUUCAUUAAAGAAAGGACCGUAUAAUAGCGAGAGCGAAAUUCAAUCAUUCAUUCCCGGUCAAAACUUUUCGAUGCACAGUGAUUAUUAUGUGCUCAUCAAAUUCAAUGGAAUCUUUAAUGCGGAAAUCGUUGAAUACUCUUAUCAAGUGAAUGGAACAAAUAGAUUUGGUCUCAUCUUCGUGAACGACCGUUUCUCACCCAAGGGCUGUCGAUAUGCGUUUCCAUGCUUCGAUACUCCAAACUAUUCAGCAAACUUUACAAUGCACAUUCGGCACCAUUAUUCACUGAAAGCAUUGAGCAAUUUUGUUGUCACAAACACAAAAGCUAUGUCCAGUGAUUUCAUUGAGGAUACUUUUGAACCAAUCCAAUCCAUUCAACCCGGCCAAGUCUCGUUUGCGCUCACCGAUUAUCCAUCGAUUUCUUCAAAUGAUGAUAAUUUUAAGCUAACAGUUUACUUUAACACUGAGCUUUUAUCGAAUGUGAGCUUGUCAAGGAUUAAACAGUUUAUGGAUGACUCGGCGUAUCAAAUUGGGAAACUUGACGUUGUUGUCAUCCCCAAUCACACGACUUCCAAUCAGCCCGGUCUCUCCGUGCUAAACGAGAAAGAAACGGUCGCCGAAAGCACGGCUCUUCUCUACUUACAAAACCAAAUUUCAAUGCAU